AGUGAAUUUUGCUCCGAUUGGCCAAAUAUCAGUCUAAUUUCUAUUCUAAUCCGUAGUCUGAUACAGUGACAACGUGCGAGCUUUGUACGAUACUCGAAAUGGGUCAUGAUAAGGCUUGUUCCAUAGUCGACAUUCAGUAGAGUAAUGCGAUCUUACACUUAGAAAUAGCAGAAAUCUUCAUAGAAAACAAGGAAAGAGGCAAAUCGUGACAAAUGCUAUUCAACGUUUCCGCUUUCAAGGCGCAUAGCGAACGCAACGGUUCUGGAAUCAUCGAGUGACUUCGAUUGAAGGACGAGACGAAUAGUCGAAUUAGUCAGAAUGACGGAUCAAGAUGCGAAUAAUAAUACUCUUCCAUUACGGAAGGAUUUAGUACAAACAGCAGUACAAUUUCUGAAAAAUCCCAAAGUAUCGCAAAGCCCGAUAGAUCGUAAACAGCAAUUUCUCAAGAAAAAAGGCCUCACGGACGAAGAGAUCAAGGUGGCUUUUGAUCUGGCAUCCGUCGAUACCGCAGUCGAACAACCCGAUGUUUUCCAAAAUCAGCCACCACCUCCAUCACUGUACACUGCUGUACAAAUUCCACAGCCGGCUGUUUAUCCAUAUCAUCUGGCCGAUAUUAGUCAGUUAAACGUUUACCAAAAAAUCAAGGAACUUUUUAAUUUAGCAGCUUUGAUCGGCGCAACAGUAUACUGCAUCUAUUGGUUUUACAAGAAAUUCAUAAGACCGUUUCUGUUCGGUCGGAAGAAGCCAAAACGCAGCGUGGAAGAUGCGGUUUCAGAGUUGAACGAAACUAUAGAAAGAUGCGCAGAACCAACGAAAGCCUCUGUUCUGAAGAUGUGCGAAACUGUGUACGAUAUGAAGGAACAAAAUAGAACUGUUUUAAGUACAGUGCGAGAAGUCAAGGUGGAUCUAGUUAAUUUAAAAGCUAUGCUCUUGUCAAGUAGGAGGUUUCCCACCGCUCCAACAUCGAUCCCAACGUGGCAGUUGGAUACCACGAAUGAAACGCAAGAGAAAGCAACUGAGCGUGAGGACGAUGCCGGAAGUGGAAGUAACAAUUCCGAUAGUUCCUUGGAGAUGAUUCGGGAGGAACCGGCUAAGGAGUAAAUUUAGGAAUUCCGUGUCUACCAUAAUCACUUCUGUGAAAGAUAGUCCUCUACAUACCGGCCUUGUUUACACUGAUUAUUUAAUAUCCGUGCCAAUCAAUCAUACUUUCAACGAUGUAUCGUGCCAAUUGAACACAACAAUUCACGUGCAUCGUUGAGUCAAGAUGAAUUGAACAGAUGAUUAUUAUUCAUUUCAGUACGUUUAUCAAACGAUCGGUGUAAACGCAGCACGCGUUCUCUCCCUCUGAUCCUUGUUAUUAUCAUAUAUUGGAAAGGAGGAUUGCGGUUACAAAUAUUUGUCGCGUGUUACCUUUAUUACCUUUUAUUGGUGGCAAUAAACAUUCUCGCAUUUUCGGUGAAAUUGGUCACUUCUUAAGUAUUUCAAUAUUUACCAGCCGAUAUUCCGUUGUACAAAGAGUAGACCUCUUUCUGAGGUUUCCAAUAUUAUCGAAAGAAAGAAGAAGAAACGGCUUCGAACAAUGAUAACGUCGUUUUCUGUUACAUUGUUAAUACGAUAUAACGAAUAAAUCUGACAGAAUAAAUGUAAUUGGAUGAAUGUAAUGUGGAGUAUAUUUUCUUACUUAUAACUUUUAAUAAAAUACGCCUUUCGUACAAGA